GGGGGUAGUUUGGGAAAUCCAUGGUUUACGCCUAUGUUCCCUUGUAUCUCCCAGGCGUGUUAGCCCUUCUCUCCCCCUCCCUGUUAACGAGUUAUGAUGGCGGAACUGUAGAGUUCGGGACGAGCAGGAGUGCACCGCCCGCCCUCUUUUAGCAAUUGUAUAUAGUUAUUUAUUUAUUCGUCCAACUUUACGUACUUUCCCGCCAUGACCCGUUGGAUUCCAACUAAGAAAGAGAAGUACGGAGUCGCAAUCUACAAUUAUGAUCCCAGCGGUGAGCAGGAGCUGUGUCUACAGGUGGGGGACACCGUACACAUACUUGAGAAAUUGGAAGGCUGGUACAGGGGCUACACACUACGCAAGAAAUCACAAAAGGGAAUUUUUCCAGCUUCCUACAUUCACCUGAAGGAAGCUACAGUCGAGGGAAUAGGCCAGCAGGAAAUAAUUAUUCCAGCAGAUUUACCCCUGGUCCAGGAGCUCGGGGCUACUCUGAGGGAAUGGGCACAGAUAUGGCAUAAACUCUUCCUGGCGAACAAGACAACUCGGUUCAGGAGUGUGCAGCAGAUGGCCUACAGCCUCAUCGAGUAUCGAUCUCAGAUAGUGUCAGGAACACUGCCCAAGGAUGACCUUGUAGAGCUCAAAAAGAAAGUCACAGCAAAGAUUGAUUAUGGAAACCGGAUUUUGGGGUUGGACCUGGUGGUGCGAGAUGAAACGGGGAACACCCUGGAUCCCGCCUGGACCAGUACGAUCAGUCUGUUCCGGGCACACGAGACGGCAUCCCGCAGCGUCGAUGACAGGAUACAAGAAGAGAAGACACGGCUACAAAACCUGGAAGCGAGACGGCAGAUCCUGUUCAGUACGGUGCACACCUACAGUCUACUCAUGACUUUGAAAAAUUUUGUGUGCAACAUUGGAGAGGAUGCAGAGCUGCUCAUGUCUCUGUAUGACCCUGACCAGUCUGAGUUCAUCAGCGAGAACGUCCUGGUGCGCUGGGACAGUAUGGGGAUGCCUAAAGAAAUUGAAAAACUCAACAACCUGCCAGCGCUGUUCACGGACCUGAGCAGCAGCGACUUGAUGAGGCCGCGACUCUUUCUGGUGUGUCAGAUCAUCAGAGUGGGCAGCAUGGAGCUCAAAGAGGGCAAGAAACGGACUGGAGGACUGAGGAGACCAUUUGGAGUCGCUGUGAUGGACAUUACAGAUAUCGCCCAGGGCAAAACAGACGAGGACAAACAGUAUUUCAUCCCUUUUCAGCAGAUAGCUAUGGAGACCUACAUCCGGCAAAGGCAGCUCAUCAUGUCUCCCCUCAUCCCAUCUAAGGUCAUUGGAGAGAAUGAGCCGCUCACUGCUGUCUUCAACAAAGUCAUCGCUACACGGGAGGUCAAUCACAAAGGCCAGGGGCUGUUUGUGACCCUGAAGCUCCUCCCAGGGGAUCUUGCCCAAGUCAGAAAGCAUUACCCCCACUUUGUGGACCGCAGCACGGCUAUCGUCAGGAAAAUGGGCUUUCCAGAAAUCAUCCUCCCUGGAAACGUGAGGAAUGAUAUUUAUAUAACCUUGGUGCAGGGAGAGUUUGACCGUGGUAAAAAGAAGACCCCCAAAAAUGUAGAGGUCAUAUUGAGUGUGCAUGAUGAUGAAGGCAAUCCCAUGGAGAAAGCAAUAUUUCCUGGUGCUGGAUAUGAUGGCAUCACAGAGUACAAGUCUGUAAUUUACUACCAGGUGAAGCAACCUUGUUGGAAUGAAACCGUGAAGGUGACAAUUCCUAUUGAAGAUGUUUGUCGCUGUCAUCUGAGGAUGAUGUUUCGGCACAGAUCCUCCCAGGACUCUAGAGACAAAUCAGAGAAGCCAUUUGGAAUGGCCUUUGUCCAGCUCAUGAGAGGAGAUGGGACCACGCUAAAGGACGGCAGGCACGAACUUGUCGUCUAUAAGGUUGACCAAAAAAAGGCAGAGGAUGCUAAGGUUUAUCUCACCAUGCCAGCGACCUGGGCUGAAGUGGAGGAAAAGGAGAAGCAAACGGGGAAGCAGUUCCACCAUUCAGGAGUGAUUCCUGUGACUAAAGACAGCUUCCAGAUCGCAACACUCACCUGCUCCACUAAGCUCACUCAGAACGUGGAUCUACUUGGCCUGUUGAACUGGAGGUCUAACCCUGAAGAUCUGGACCAGAUCCUGCAGCGGCUGAUGGAGGUUGAUGGAGGGGAGAUUGUCAAAUUUCUCCAGGAUACUCUAGAUGCCCUGUUCACCAUCAUGAUGGAAACCUCAAAAAAGGACACCUAUGAUACCCUGGUGUUCAAUGCCUUGGUGUUUGUAAUCACACUUAUUGGUGACAUCAAAUUCCAGCACUUCAAUCCAGUCCUAGAAACCUAUAUCAACCAGCACUUCAGUGCCACUUUGGCUUACAUGAAGCUAACCAGGGUACUUAACUACUACGUGAGCCACGCUGAAGAGCCCAAUUCGACCACGAGGCUCUACGUAGCACUCAAAGCUCUCAAGUACCUGUUCAGGUUUAUUGUGCAGUCCCGGGUCCUCUAUCUCAGAUUCUAUGGGAACAGUGAAGAUGGGGAUGCAUUCUUCAACUCCAUUCGCUCCCUUUUUCUGUCUUUUAACACUCUUAUGGACAGACCGCUGGAUGAGGGAGUGAAGAUAAAGGGUGCAAUAUUGAAAUACCUCCCCAGCAUCAUUAAUGACAUCCAGACUGUGUUUGAUCCUGUGGAGCUGAGUGUUCUUCUAGCAAAGUUCAUUGCAAGCAUUCCUGACUCUCAGCUCAUGCGUCAGAAGCUUGGCUGCAUGUGCAAAAUGGUGGAGAGUGACCUUUUCAGGCAGCCAGAGUGUCGAGAUGUGCUUCUGCCACUUGUGACUGACCAGCUGAGUGGGCAGCUGGACGACCACUCUAGUAAACCUGACUAUGAGGCCUGCGUCCAGUUGCUCAGCACAGUGUUGGACAACCUCGACCGCAAGGAUGUGGGUCCAACCAGAGGGCACAUUCAGCUGAUAAUGGAGCGGCUUCUUCGCAGGGUUAAUCGGACUGUCAUCGGCAUGGACAGAAACUCUCCUCUCAUUGGCCACUAUCUCUCCUGCAUGACGGCGAUCCUGAAGCAAAUGGAUGACAUGCAUUAUGCCCACUACAUCAGCACCUUUAAGACAAGACAGGAUAUCAUUGACUUCCUCAUGGAGACAUUCAUCAUGUUUAAGGACCUCAUGGGAAAUAAUGUCUUCCCUCCUGACUGGAUGACCAUGAACCUGGUGCAGAUGCAGGUCUUCCAGAGGGCCAUCAACCAGUACUCGGACGUCCUCAACACGUAUUUUUUGGACCAAGCACAUUUUGAACUACAGCUGUGGAAUAACUACUUUCAUUUGACCGUGGCGUUUCUAACCCACCGCACAUUGCAGCUGGAAUCCUUCUCUCAAGAGAAACGGAAUAAGAUACUGAACAAAUAUGGAGACAUGAGGAAGCCUAUGGGAUUUAAAAUGAGAGACAUGUGGUACAAUCUUGGCCCCCACAAAAUGAAGUUCAUCCCAGCCAUGGUCGGGCCCAUUCUGGGGGUCACGCUUGUGCCUCAGCCUGAACUGAGAAAAGCAACCAUACCCAUCUUCUUUGAUAUGAUGCAGUGUGAGCACAACUUCAGCCCCGGACACACGUUUGAAAUGUUUGAGAAUGAACUCAUAACAAAAUUGGAUCAAGAGGUAGAAGGAGGCCGUGGGGAUGAGCACUACAAAGUCCUGCUGGAGAAAACGUUACUGGACCACUGCAGACGCCACAGAUACCUGUCACAGUCAGGAGAGGAGCUGGCCCUGCUGCUGAGCAGCUUGCUGGAAAAUCUCCUGGCAUACCGCACCAUCACACAUGAUGAAAGUCCUGAGCAUCGCAUGAGCUGCACCGUCAAUGUGCUGAAUUUCUACAAAGAGAAGAAGAGGGAGGACAUCUACAUCCGAUACUUGUACAAGCUGCGAGAUUUGCACCUGGACUGUGAGAACUACACAGAGGCAGCCUACACUCUGCUACUACAUGCUGAGUUACUGGAGUGGUCUGACAAACCCUGUGCACCUCACCUGAUACCUCAAGACAGCCAGUAUCGGUGGACCCAACAGGAGCUGAAAGAGAGGCUUUUUCAUGAGAUUAUAUGUUACUUGGAUAAGGGCAAGAUGUGGGAGAAGGCCAUUGAACUGGGCAAGCAGCUGGCCAAGAUGCAUGAGAGCCACAUGUUUGACUUCAUGGAGUUGAGUCAGCUGCUGAAAAAACAAGCCCAGUUCUAUGAAAAUAUAAUGCAUGCAAUGCGGCCACAGCCAGAAUACUUUGCUGUUGGAUAUUAUGGCCUAGGAUUCCCUUCUUUCCUCAGGAAUAAGAUGUUCAUCUACAGAGGCAAAGAGUAUGAGUGGCUUGAAGAUUUCAGCUUAAAGUUGCUCUCUCAGUUCCCAAAUGCAUCCCGGAUGACCAGCACAGCGCCCCCUGGUGACAACAUCAGCAACUCUUCUGGACAGGACAUCCAGUGCUUUACUGUCAAGCCUGUUCUCACCAUGCCACACCAAUUUAAAGACAAGGGGGUUCCAGAGCAGAUAUUAAACUAUUACAGAACCAAUGAGGUGGACCAGUUUCAGUAUUCCAGGCCCUUCAGGAAGGCUGCAAAGGACCCAGACAAUGAAUUUGCAACCAUGUGGAUCGAGAGAACAACUUACGUUACCGCAUACCGCUUCCCAGGGAUCCUGAAAUGGUUUGAAGUGAAAUCUGUCUCAGUGGAGGAGAUCAGUCCUUUGGAGAACGCCAUUGAAACCAUGGAGAUGGCCAAUGAAAAGCUGAGUAACCUUGUGCAGAAGCAAGCCUGUGAUCGCUCGCUGUCCAUCAACCCACUGUCCAUGAUGCUCAGUGGCAUUGUUGACCCCGCUGUCAUGGGCGGCUUCUCCAACUACGAGAAGGCAUUUUUUACAGACGCAUACAUCCAAGAGCACCCAGAGGACCGCAAGCACAUCGAGGUCCUUAAACACCUCAUUGCCCUGCAGAUCCCUCUCUUGGCAGAUGGGAUUCGCAUCCAUGGGGAGAAGGCGACAGAGCAGCUGAAACCUUUACACAACCGUCUGGUUACUUGCUUCCAAGACCUUCGGGAGAAAGUGGAGAAGCAUUAUGGAGUCAUAACCUUGCCCUGCUCUCUCACGGAGAAGAAGAGGAGUCGCGUGGGCUCAGUGGUGAUGCCCUACAUCCUGUCCUCCACACUGCGUCGCAUGUCCACUGUGUCAACCCUCUCCAAUGCCUCCUCAGGCUCUAUAUCCUCAGAUGGACCCUCCUACAUUUCCUCCCAAGAUUCCUUGUUGUCACACCCCAGCGAUCGCAGGACCUCGGUCUUGUCUCACUUGGAAGAUGACAACAGGAUUGCUAGAAAGAACAGGAAGGAGUGGAGUGUGAGCAAAUCCCAGGUCUUACUGGAGAGGCAGUCAGACACAAAUGAGACUCCUCCAGAAAAGCAGCAGAGGCCAAAGAGUCUACAACUAGGAGACCGACGGCUUACCCUCUCCCUGUUCCACGGUGUUUCAUCCCAACUCAACCUGUCUAACCCUCUCAGCCCUCUCCCUGCCUCUCCACACACACCACGCACACCACGCAGCUCCAGUUAUUCAUCACUUCUCAGCGACAAUGAUGCCAGUACCAUUGACACCCCAGGGACCCCCCCACCCAUGCCUCCGAAGAGACACCCGCACGAGAUUGACAACCCUGGGUUCUCUUCAGAGUUCACUCCUCCGCUACCAGUGAAAAUUGAGAGCAAGCCUCCUCCACCGCCUCCGAAAGCUCGCAAGUCAAUGUUCCCAACAUACGAGCAUACCCCCCAGUAAGGCUACACCUACGCUCAGGCCUUAAAGUUUCACUAAUUCUCUGAUAUGCUGUGAUGAAAGCACAGUUUAAUUUGUGGCACUGUAGAAAAUGGCACAGUAGGGUACAGAUGCAGGACAGUUUACGAGGGAUGUAUGCAAGAUUUUCAGGGGUAAAAAUUUCUUUCUGAUGCAAGUGACUUAAAUCUGAGCAGGCCUUUGUUCCUUAGUUUUAGCUGUUGUUUUUAAGCCUCAAGGAAGAAUAAAUGUGGUGUUAUUGUCAUAACAGGGUACUGCUGUGCAAGAAUGGAUGGUAUUUGGGUACAUAAGGUCGCUGCAUCUUUGGAUUCGGUGUGCAUUGAUAAAACAAGAAGACUAGAUGCCUUUUUUCUUGAAGAAAAAUCAGUAUGUUGUACAGACUUUAUCACAGGGGAAAAGAAUGAUCAAUGCUGCAAAUAUUUAGUUUUUAUAUGUUGGAGUGACACUGGAUUACUUGCUUCCCCCCUGAGUGUUUACAGCAUUCCAUAUUUAAACAGGAAAAAGCUGCAUGUCAAGCCUGAUCAAGAGCAGGGAAUAGCUAUGAUGUACAGAAUGUAAAUGAUGUUUUGAAAUGUAGUUUUGUGUUUGAUGGUGGUGUUCACUAAUGUUAUGAUCAGACCCAAUUUUUCUAAUCCACAAAGUUUCAGAAACACUGGAUGGCAUUAAUGAAUGUGCUACAGAGUAUAUAUUUGUUGUGAUGUUAUUGAUGAACUGACUGUUUUCAAACUGCAUCACAUUGUUGUUGGUGUACAGUAGAAGUACAUUUCUGCUUAAAGGAGUAGUCUGAAAUUUUGGGGGGAAAGGGUUAUUAGCUUUCUUGAUGUCUCAUGUCUGUUCGCUACAUGUGCAGCUCAUCAAGUAAGAAAGUGAAUAAGCACAUUUCCCAAAAUUGCAAACUGCUCCUUUGUAAGAAUCCUAAACGCUGUAUGGUACAAGCAUAAAUGCCUUUGAAGUUCACUUUAGUUUUCUAUUUUAGUGUUGGUAGAGUAUCUUUUUUUAUCAAGCCAUUAUUGAAAUUUAAAUUAUUGCUAUUCAUUGAGUUUUGAUAUUUACAAUACUUGGCACACCUGGUGUGUACAGAGAUGGUUUAUUUUUAUGCAUUUUAAUUUGAUUGUAAUUCCAGCAUACUGCUCUGUGCGCUGUUCAUAGAAGCAAUACAUUUAUGUGCCUCUAAAGUGCAAAAUCUAUGCAUGUUAGCACCUUUGAAAAUGAUCAAAUUUAUAUAAGGAUUUUGGUUUCAGUUUUACAAGGGAUUAACUUUUUUUUUUAACUGUACACAUUUCCUAACGAGGACAAAGAAAUUUUAUACAAACAGUGCCUCAAGAGAUACAUGAUUGUUUUUGUUUUUUUGUUUUUUUUAAUGAACAAGUUGUUG